UUUCUGCCUGACAACAGUAGCGGCUUGGUGCAGAAAUGACACCGUGAAGAUACAACAGAAUCUGAGAAUGACUUGACCGUGAGUGACCCGGUGUAUUACACUAAACCUCCCCGUAAUAACAGUCGGAGAAGCACAAUGGGAUCAGCAGUCUUUUCUGGAAAUCACCGAUUUGAGAAUAUCAGAAACCUAUUGCGGUCUUCCAACAAAAAUGGUCUAGUCCAGGCAGUGGAGAAGCUGAAGAUCACCCAGGGCAUUGAGGAAAGAGACUGCUGUGUGGAGACUUUAAUACAGGGCUUGACCAAGGAAGAUUGUGACAGUGAAGAGGCAGCCGAGAGCCUGGUGGAUGAUGUCCUGUAUAAUCAGCUUCGUGAGAUGUUACAGGAUGAUCGCUACAACCAGACCAAUGUAGCCCAGCUUGUUGCAGAGCUGGCUAAAGCAGAAUCCUUGCGGGAACCCUUCGUGGAACAGAAUUUUGUCCCACUUCUAUUAACUUUGUUGGAAACAAAUGAUGUUGCCAUGGCAACCCAAGCCUGUCGAGCUCUAGGGAACAUCUGCUAUGAGAAUGACAUUGGCCGGAAUGCUGUAGACAGUCUAGAUGGUGUUUCGGAGCUAUUAGAGUUGCUCAAGUGUCAGUUGACCAAUGAGGACAAGGAUGCUGACCGACUGCGCGUGAUCGCUUGUGGAUUUCUUCUGAACCUGACCAACACUCACGAAAUCAUACAGGAAAAAGCAGUUGAGAUUGGAGCAUUAGAACUUCUAGAUCAGUAUUUAGAGACGCAUUACAUUGAAGAUAAACUGUGCAAUAUGGUGCUACAUUGUGUGGGCAGUUUGGCUGAUUCAGAAUUUGGCAAGGAGAAGGUUGGCCAGACCAAUGUAGCCAAGACUCUGGUGAAGGUAUUGCUAAGUGAGAAAGGUUCUGGUAACCAAGAGGCUAUUCUAGAGCUCAUGGCAACCUUAGCUGAAAGUGACGAUGUCAAGGACCAGUUAGCAGCCACAAGUCUUCCAGAUCACAUGGUCAGACUCAUCCAAUCAACGAACGGUUUAUCCGACUCUAGCAGUCAGCAUAAGGAGAAGCUGGCCUCUGAUUUGUUGGUGCUCUUACUGACUGGAGACAGAAGUAUGGACAUUCUCUAUGGAAAGGGAGAAGGGCCAGUUUUCCUUGAGUCGGUGAAGUGGUUGCUUAGCGACAGUGAGCAUCUGCAGAUAGCUGGGGCCCUGGCAGUUGGGAACUUUGCCAGGAGUGAUGAGCAUUGUGUCCAACUGGUCAGUGAAGGUAUUGUGGAUAAACUGAUAACUCUGCUGCAGCAGCAGAAUAAGAAAGACUCUAAUAUCACCCUACAACAUGCUGUACUCAGUGCCCUCAGGAAUCUAGCCAUUCCGUCGGUGAAUAAGCCUAACCUUGUGAAGAUGGGUGUAAUGGAUACUGUAUUAUCUCUCACUGCCACGGAUGUGUCUGCCGUCAUCUUCAAACUUCUUGGUGUGCUCCGAAUGCUGGUGGAUGGACAAGAGGAAGCUGCGAAAACCCUAGGGACAGACAAAGAUUUCAUGAACAAGCUAGUAGACUGGUGUAAUGUGGAGGAACAUGCUGGGGUUAAAGGGGAGGCAACUCGAUUACUGGCCUGGCUCAUCAAGAACAGUCGCUCCACGGACGUGAUGAAGAUGUUGGUGCGAGCUGGUGGCAUCCCCCACCUUGUCACUAUGGUCUCGUCAGAGCACAUCGUCAUGCAGAACGAAGCUCUGGUCGCCUUAACACUGAUGGCCUCAACUGUUUUAGAUGCCUGCCUGGUAUCACUUAGGGAGUGUGAAGCUGUCGAGACAAUAGGGGAUGUUCUGAAAGACAAACGAACGUUACCAGAGAUCCUCUGUAACUGCCUGACUCUCACAAAAUACAUCUGCUCUAACGAUUCCCUGCGUGAAGACGCCCUUUCUGCAGGGAUCCUGGAGACAGCCAAACACCUGGCUCUGAGUGAGGACACCAAGGUGAAGGAUGCGGCCACUGCCCUGGUCACAGUCUUAGAACAGCCACUGGUGGAGAGAUGAGAUUGUGGCCUUACCUGUGAUGGCCAGUAUGUUCAAAAUUAGAAAGCCAAGUGAUACAGUGAGACCAAUUUUGGGGACCAAACUAACCUGACCAACGACAUUUGCUGUGUAUUUGUUUUUAUAAUGGGUGCUGUUGUACAGAGAUGCAAAAAUGAAAAGGACUGCCGUGUAAAUGAAAAUGAGAAUUGGAUUGUUAGUAUGUAGACACCCAACAGAAAGGAAAGUGAUGAAGUGGACACUGACAAUUAGGGCUCUGCGAGGUACAUGAAUGAGUGAAUAUGGCUCAAUGCCAUGUUGCAUCCAUGCACAUAAACUGGACACAGAUUGAGUAACAUUCCAAGAUGAUCCAUUCCUUUCCUUGGCAGUGAUGAGAUUGACAUUCUGAUUGCGUGUAUAGGACAGGCCUUCUUUGUAAGCCUAGCUGUCUGACCCACAUGGUGCUAGUUAUGCUUUAUAACUAGUUUUUUCCUCUUCAUAAUUUAACAGAUAUUGUUGUGCUGAAGUUCAGUUUACUUGAAUAGUGCCAUUCCCACCAGUAUAAACCAGUAAUCGUAUUGCUUCUUAUUCCACUCAAAAGCACAGGAAGUAAAGCAUACGUUUUAGUUCGAGACUGCCAAGUCUGACAAAGGUAACUAUUCAAAGGCUGUAAUGGGACUCUUGAACUUGAUAAUAUCUGGUAGUAUUUCACACAUUGAAUACCUAAGUACUACAGGAUCUGUUUAUCACAUUGGUUUCCAGUGGCAUGUCGCAGACUUCUUUCGUUGUUGUGUUGUGCAAAUUAUGCUGCUGAAUUGACAUCCUUAACUCACUUCAGUAUUAAUCAAAAGCCGUUAUAUCACAAAAUGCUUUCAGAAACUUCACAUCUUGUCCUGUAUGGUACAUGUAUUUUUUGAACUUAAAAAACCAAGCUUAACCUCUUUACAUACACAAGUACACUAUGGAAAUUAAUUAAUGUUUUAUUCACACUAUAUUUAUUGAUUUUUUUACUACGUUGUGUGUGUAUCUUUAUAUUGGAUAUGUUUGGACAUUAUUUUUAUACUUGAGUGUUGUGCAUUUCAGGCUUGCUUAGAAAGGAAAAUACAAGUGUAAUUUAAUCAUUUAACACAUGGCGGUUAGGCUGUUUAUCCUUGCUGGUAUAGGAGCUGCAGGUUAUACAUACAUGUAGUGUAGCGGUGGUUAGUUUUGUAAAUGUCUCACAAUUUUUCAACAUUUUGCUCUGUAUGAAAAAUGAAUUAGGUAAUGUUUCCAUUCUAACAGCCAGAAGCCACUUUCAGAGGCCCUCAAAGCUUUGUGUACUAUCUUAAUGACAUGGCUAUGUGUGACAAGAACCAGGUUUCCAGUUAAGCAAUACUGCAUGUGUUAUAUAACUCCAAUCACACAUGUAUCGUUAUGACUGUGAGAGGAGCUGGGGCUCAGCAAACUGACUCUUCUUUUAUUUUCUCUCCAUACUGACUGUACACCACUAUUAUCAUAUGUGUAAGAAUUUAAAUAAGACAGUCUACCAGUUAAGUGUGGCCAUUCUCACACAGUCAUUGUUGUUCUGGGUUUACUCUGUGUGCUGUAAAUUUUUGUAUUAUAGCCUUAAUUCAAAUAAUUUCAAACCUCCUGAGACUAGUGCUGUUCUGUUUGGAUAUUGCUUUAUGUAAUGACUGUUCACCAGUAUCUGAACAUACACUUUUAGAGUGGUGUGCAUGUAUAUUCUCAUCUCUGGGACUCAUGUGAGCCAUAAACUGAAACAUGUCAAUUUAGCUCGAGAUCAGUUCAGGGAAUUGUUGACAGGGUCAACAUAAAAAGUACCUGUAAAUGUAAUGUGAAGUCAGCAGAAUGACUUAGAAGAGACAUGUAAUGAUGUACAGAUUAUCCUGGAGGAAAUUGAGGUGGAAACUGCUGAUUGAAGGGAAACCAGUGAGCACUUGUUGGUUUACAAAUCUGAACAGUCUCAGACAUGUGAAAGGUGUGCUCAGACUUUUGCGUUUCUUGAGACAUUUUUCCUGCCAAAUAUGAAUACUUGCCUGUAUAACAACAAAGGAUAAUUGCAAAGA